UGCCACGUGCAAGGAUGUCACCGGAGUCUGCAGGGCCUGCGGGAUUAUUACCAACGCUACAAGAUAUGCGAGUUCCAUCUGAAGGUCAGCUCGGUGCUCAAGGACGGAGUGCCGCACCGCUUCUGCCAGCAGUGCGGUCGCUUCCAUCCGCUGACCGAGUUCGACGGCGACCGGCGCUCCUGUCGCACCAUGUUGCAGCGCCACUGUCAUCGCCGGGCCAAGCAGAAGCAGGAG